UCGACGCAAUGCUGCACAUCGUCACCAAACCAACAAACAACAAUGGGUGUGCCUUCCAGGACCACCUCUCGCUCCUCCUUCCUCCGCCCUCCAUACUUCAUUCUCUUGGCCGUGUCUUCCCUCUCCUUCUUCAUCAUCUUAGAGGUGGAUAGCUUUGUAUCUAGAACCAAAACAAUUGCGGGUCACAACUUAGAACCAACACCUUGGCAUCCCUUUCGUCCCAAGAAAUUCAAUGAGGAAUCCCGAUACACCCGAGCUUCCAAGAUUUUACAAUGUUCUUACCUCACAUGUGGACAAAGUAACAAUGUGCCACGACAUGACCAGUCUCGAUCAAAUCAUUCGGCUGAGAAAUGCCCGGAAUUCUUUAAAUGGGUACACAAGGACCUCGAGCCCUGGUCUGGGACUCGGAUAUCAUUAAAGCAUUUGAUGGAAGCCAAGAAAUAUGCUGCAUUUCGUGUUGUGAUUGUUGGGGGGAAACUGUAUGUGGAUAAUUAUUAUGCUUGUGUGCAGAGUCGGGCAAUGAUUACGGUUUGGGGAUUGUUGCAGCUUCUUAGGAGGUAUCCUGGGAUGAUCCCGGAUGUUGAUUUGAUGUUUGAGUGCAUGGACAAGCCUUCUAUAAACCGGACCGUGCAUACAACGAUGCCUUUGCCUCUGUUUCGGUAUUGCACAACUCCUAAUCACUUUGACAUCCCAUUUCCUGAUUGGUCUUUCUGGGGUUGGCCAGAGAUAAAUAUUGAACCCUGGGAAGAAGAAUUCAGGAGUAUUAAAAAGGGUUCAAGAGGACGAAGUUGGAAAAGGAAGUGGCCUGUUGCAUAUUGGAAAGGAAACGCCAAUGUUGGUUCUCCUGUUCGGACAGAGUUAAUGAGAUGUAAUCACACAAGGCAGUGGAGAGCACAAAUUUUUUUACAGAAUUGGGUAGAAGAAGCAAAAGGUGGGUACGAGCAGUCCAAAUUAUCAAAACAGUGUGAUUAUAGAUUUAAAAUUUAUGCUGAAGGUUAUGCUUGGUCUGUAAGCUUGAAAUAUAUUCUGUCAUGUGGCUCCCUCUCACUAAUAGUAUCUCCAGAAUAUCAAGAUUUCUUUAGUCGUGCUCUCAUCCCCAAGAAACACUAUUGGCCCGUCCCUCGUACUGAUUUAUGCAGAUCUAUAAAAUCUGCUGUUGACUGGGGUAAUAUCAACUCAGAUGAGGCCCAGGCAAUAGGUACAGAAGGACAGAAUCUCAUGGAAAGUUUGACCAUGGAUCAGGUCUACAGUUACAUGUAUCAUCUCCUCACAGAGUAUUCAAAGCUGCUGGACUUCCAGCCAGUCCGGCCUUGGUCUUCUCAAGAAGUGUGUGAAGAAUCCCUGCUUUGCUUUGCUGACGAAGCGCAGAAGCAGUUCCUCCAAAGGUCAACAACUUCCUCCCCUUCCGGAUCUCCUCCCUGCACACUCCAACAUUCUUGAGUUCGAUAGAAAUAGAAGAGGAAAGUCGUUGAGGUUUUUAAAGAUUUUGUCAGACAAGGGUGCCUUCAUAUGGCUGUUACAUAAAUAAAAAUAUAUUGUAGUUUUGUAAUUGAUGGUCUCAAAAUGGAAAGUUGAUUUAAAAUUUUAAUAUAGGCUUGAGCAGAGCAUUAGUUUUUCUUAUGGCUUUGAUUCAUUUUAGAUAAAAGUUUGUGUUCUCCUAGCAAGGCACGCUAGUCAUCAUGUAAAAA